ACAUGGGAUGUUCAAAUUAAUGGAUGUCGGAUGUUCCCAACCCUUUGGGCCCUUUGGGGUGAAUACUCAGUCGCUUAGUAUGGAUGGAUAGUAUGAAGAAUCAUUCUUUACACUUGAGAAUGGGAAGGGAAAGCAUAAGUAUUUCCUACAAAGACUCGAAGCAUCCUCAUCAAUAUUCCCAAUUUUGUUACUUAUGAUACUUUGAUUAAUCUCUCACUAAUUGCAGUUCUACUACCAUUCAUAAAAUAGCCGGUGAGGACUUCAGUAUUCAUGAUAAGGCCAAGUUAAUAAACUUCGCUGGCAAGAAAUGCAUCCGCCGACAAAUUCAGGGGAUAAUGGCGAGUCACAAGGUGAGAUCGCCAAAUUGAAGAUCAACAAACCCCUGAAUAGCUUCCCAACCAAUAUUUUCAAUUUGGCCGAUUCCCUCAAACAUCUUGAUCUCUCAGGAACAGGUUUAUCGGCGUUACCUGAAGAUUUCGGCUGCUUGUGGAAGCUCAAGAUCGCAUUCUUCUCCAAUUGCAACUUUACUGUCUUCCCUAGACAGCUUGCGUCAUGUCCCGAACUCGAGAUGGUCGCGUUUCGGAGCAAUUCGAUGGUUGAAGUGCCGGAGGAUACCCUGCCGCCGAAACUGCGCUGGUUGAUUCUCACCAACAACCGUAUACGUUCGGUGCCGAGGAGCAUCGGGAGAUGCUGGCGCCUCCAGAAAUGCAUGCUGGCGGGAAACCAACUGCAAUGCCUGCCGGACGAGAUGGUUGCAUGUAGGAAGCUCGCCUUGCUUCGACUCUCUGCCAAUCGCAUACGAGAGUUGCCAGAUUGGCUCUUCAACUUACCCGAGCUAGCCUUUCUCUCAUUUGCCGGUAAUCUAUGCUGUUCAUCACCCGCGACAUCGAAGGAUCCCCGUGACACCAUCCCCUUCAGCAUUCUUCCCGAGGCUAGUUGGGAAGAUCUUGAUAUUCACAACGUCCUAGGCGAGGGCGCAUCAGGGAUUAUCUCUAAAGGAUCAUGGAACGGGAUCGAUCAGGUUCAGGAAGUAGCCAUUAAACUAUUCAAGGGGGACGUUACGAGCGAUGGCACCCCAGCGGACGAGAUGGAAGCAUGCAUCAGAGCAGGAUCGCACUCCAAUCUCAUAAAUCCCCUAGCCAAGAUAACCGGCCAUCCUGACGGCAAGGAAGGACUCGUGAUGCAACUCAUCCCGCCGCGCUACCACGUCUUAGGGCUGCCGCCAUCCCUACAAACUUGUACUAGGGAUUGCUUCUCGCGGGAGAUCCGGUUGACCACGCGGCAAGGUCUGGAAAUCCUCUAUGGCAUCGCUAGGGCGGCGGGCCACCUGCACAAGCGAGGCGUAGCACAUGGCGACCUGUACGCCCACAACAUUCUCUACAGCGGCGAUGAAGACGAGCAGGAGGAAGAGGGGGGCCACGCGCUCCUCGGAGAUUUCGGGGCGGCAUCUAUUUAUACCAACUCUAGCUUAAACUACAUCUACGACGAUAAUGACGAUAAUGAUGAUGAUAGCAAAAACAAGUUUGAGUGGCUCGAAGUCCUAGCUUUCGCCCACCUUCUCGAGGAUGUUUGGGGUAUCACCAAGCCACGAUUCGACGAAGAGGAAUUGCGAGUCGCGAUGUUACUCGUAGCCCUGCAUCGACAAUGUUUGAAUCCCACGGGCUCACAACGUCCUAGCUUCAACGAGAUCAGCCGGCAGUUGAGCGCGAUGAAACAACGGCUGACUAGUACUACUACUCAGUAGCUUGCUUUUGUCACUUGCUAGCGUCGCUAACGAACUGACUACGAUGUAAGGUCGUAGUCGCAAAUGCUACUCCAUAAGGGAAAAAAAGAAAGAAAAGAAAAAUGAACGGCGAA